AAAGGGGGCUUCCAGAUUCCGAUAAGCCCCCCGCCCGCAGACCCCCACAACCACAGGCCACGGUUGUGGGGAAGAGGCUCUUCUUCCCAUCAACAUGGGGACAAGGUGCUUUGGAGAGGGAGCCCCUCCUGCCCCAAAGCACCCCCCAAUGUUGAGGGCAUGUGGCCUGGUAUGGUUCAGGAGGGGGAGACACUUGCUCACCCCCCCCUUCCCUGCCGGCCUGCAUGCUCGGAUAAGGGUCUGGUAUGGAUUUUGAGGGGAAGCCCUACGUGAAAAUAAAAAAACAUGCCCUCAACAU